AUGUCGACUUCCGAGUCUUCCAAUAACGGCUCGCAACCCGGCAAUCAGGAUACAGGUUACAUACCUGGCGACGACACUUGGACGCAAUGGCGCAAUAUCUUCUCCAUCCUAGCAGGGCGAAUGACUGAUGAAGGGAAAGAACAGUUUCGUGUUGCCCGGGACAUUCGGAAUGAGGUCGCCGAUUGUAAACGUUGCGAGGAUCAGCGUGAUUAUCUCUUACAGUUCAGUCCCAUAAUUCGGUUCAUGAGUGACAGUAUUCGACAGCUUGGGGGAGACCUCCAUAGCCAUAAUAUUUAUUGCCGCCGAUGUACCAAUCGAAAAGCUGGAGGCUUCGACCCUGACUAUGGUAUCUUAAUUUGCGCGAAUGAGAUGAAGGACCAGGGACAUCUGGAGGACACAAUGGCUCAUGAGAUGGUCCACGCCUACGAUCACCUGAGAUUCAAGGUUGACUGGAUGAACAAUUUGCGGCACGCAGCUUGUACCGAGAUUCGAGCCAGCUCCCUUAGUGGGGAAUGUCGGUGGGCGCGCGAGUUCUUCCGGAGGGGUCAGUGGAAGUUUACACAACAGCAUCAAGAGUGUGUUAGAAGAAGGGCUAUCUUGUCUGUACGAGCAAGGCCAGGAUGCAAGGAUGAAGCCCAUGCAGAGAAGGUUGUAAACGAAGUAUGGGACAGCUGUUUUAGGGACACCCGCCCCUUCGACGAGAUAUACCGAUGA